GGGGUGAAGGAAAAAAAAAAAAAAGGCCCGAAGAGGAGUUUCCGAAAACUUCCAAGGAACUCGCGGCUGCAAGUCCCCGCGACAGGCAAGAGCGAUGCUGGAGCCUCGGGCGCUCCGGGAGCCGACAGCGACGGCAGUGGAGGCAGAGGGGGUGACCGCGGGGAUGGCGGCGGCAGCGGGAAGCGCGGUGCCCGCCGGAGCCGGGAUGGCCGAGAAGAAAAAAGCCGGCAACGGCAGGAAGGGCAGGAAAGGCAAGGGGCCCGGCAAGAAGCCCGGUCCGCCGGAGGAGGGCGAGGCGCCCGGGUCUACCACAGCGGUGCCCCUCAAAUUGAAGGAAAUGAAAAACCAAGAGGCUGCUGUGGGUCAGAAGCUAGUGCUAAGGUGUGAAACCACUUCAGAGUAUCCUGCGCUCAGAUUCAAAUGGUUAAAGAAUGGGAAGGAAAUAACCAAAAAAAACAGACCGGAAAAUAUCAAGAUCCCAAAAAAACAAAAGAAGUACUCUGAGCUUCACAUUUACAGAGCCACGUUGGCCGACGCUGGGGAAUACGUUUGCAGAGUGAGCAGCAAGCUAGGAAAUGACAGUACUAAAGCCAGUGUUAUCAUCACAGACACCAAUGAGAGUACCAGCAAGAUACCAGUAUCAACAGAAGUGACAAAAACUUCUUCACAACCCAUGCUUAGGAUACAAGUUUCAACAGAAGGAACAAACACUUCCUCCUCCACUUCCACAUCUACAACUGGGACAAGUCAUCUUACAAAAUGUGACAUAAAGCAGAAAGCCUUCUGUGUAAAUGGGGGAGAGUGUUACAUGGUUAAAGACCUCCCAAACCCCCCAAGAUACCUGUGCAGGUGCCAACCUGGAUUCACUGGAGCAAGAUGUACUGAAACUCUGCCCAUGAAAAUCCAAAACCAAGAAAAAGCUGAGGAACUGUACCAGAAACGGGUGCUGACCAUAACUGGCAUUUGCAUUGCUCUUCUAGUAGUUGGCAUCAUGUGUGUGGUGGCCUACUGCAAAACCAAGAAGCAGAGGAAAAAGUUGCACGACCGCCUUCGGCAGAGCCUGCGCUCGGAAAGGAACAACGUGAUGAACAUGGCCAAUGGACCGCACCACCCCAACCCACCGCCCGAUAACGUACAGCUCGUCAAUCAGUACGUUUCGAAAAAUGUAAUUUCCGGUGAGCAUGUCAUCGAGCGAGAAACAGAGACCUCGUUUUCUACAAGCCACUACACCUCAACAACACAUCACUCCGUGACAGUCACCCAGACACCUAGCCACAGCUGGAGUAAUGGCCACACUGAAAGCAUCCUCUCUGAAAGCCACUCGGUGCUCGUCAGCUCCUCCAUGGAGAACAGCAGGCACGCCAGCCCAGCAGGGCCCCGGGGCCGCCUCAACGGCAUCGGCGGGCCACGGGAAGGCAACAGCUUCCUCCGGCACGCGAGAGAGACCCCCGAUUCCUACCGAGACUCUCCUCACAGUGAAAGGUAUGUCUCAGCUAUGACCACACCAGCUCGCAUGUCACCCGUUGAUUUUCACACUCCAACUUCUCCCAAGUCCCGCCCCUCCACAAUGUCACCACCGGCUUCCAGCUUGACCAUCUCCAUCCCUUCAGUGGCGGUGAGUCCCUUCAUAGAAGAGGAGCGACCUCUGCUCCUGGUGACUCCGCUGCAGCUGCAUGAGAAGUACGACCACCACCUUCAGCAGUUCAACUCCUUUCACCACAAUGCCACCCAUGAGAGCAACAGCCUGCCACCAAGUCCUCUGCGGAUCGUGGAGGAUGAGGAGUACGAGACCACGCAGGAGUACGAACCAGCACAGGAGCCUCCAAAGAAACUCACCAACAGCCGGAGGGUCAAAAGAACAAAGCCCAACGGCCACAUUUCCAGCAGGGUGGAAGUGGACUCUGACACAAGCUCUGAGAGCAGCAGCUCUGAGACCGAAACGGAAGAUGAAAGAAUAGGUGAGGAUACACCGUUCCUGAGCAUACCGAACCCCGGGGCAACCGGUCUGGAGCCAGCCACUGCCUUCCGGCUGGCUGAAACCAGGACUAACCCGGCAAACCGCUUCUCCACACCAGAAGAGUUACAAGCAAGGUUGUCCAGUGUGAUAGCUAACCAAGACCCUAUUGCUGUAUAAAACAUAAAACACAUAGAUUCACAUGUAAAACUUUAUUUUAUAUAAUGAAGUAUUCCACCUUUAAAUUAAACAAUUUAUUUUAUUUUAGCAAUUCCGCUGAUAGGAAACAGGAGGGGAAGAAAACUUUUAUAAAUUAAAUAUACGUAUGUACAAAUGUGUUAUGUGCCAUAUGUAGCAAUUUUUUACAGUAUUUCAAAAAUGGGGAAAGAUAUCAAUGGUGCCUUUAUGUUAUGUUAAGUUGAGAGCAAGUUUUGUACAGUUACAAUGAUGGCUGUCCCAUAGUAUUUUGCAAAACCUUUUAACCCCCAGUUGUCCUAGCUUUUUUGUGCACUGCAUUAUAAUGACUGGAUGUAUGAUUUGCAAGAAUUGCAGAAGUCCCUCUGGUCGCUUGCUGUAGAGUCUCGAAAUCAGAAAGCCCUGUAAUGGCACUCUCACCCUACUCCACCAGAAAAACACACAUAUACACUCACACAGAGUCAGAAAGGAAAAAAAAAGAUUAAAAAAAAAGAUAAAAAAAAAAGUUUUAAAAAAAAGUUUAUUAUAUGAGAACUUUUAUUUGCUUUCCGUAUAUGAGAUGAGUUUUGUCUGCUCUCUGCCAGCCAAAAGGUUUGCUUCUUUGAGCACUGGGAUAAUAGUAGAUCCAACAGCAUGCUACUAUUAAUUACAGCAGGAUAACAAAAAACAUACAAACAAAAAAAAGCGCCAGCCUGCAUUAAGUAAUGUUACUUAUAGAAAGAAAGUAAUACUGUGAUUUUAAACCAAAUAUAUUAUUAAUCAGAGGUCAGCUUGUAAUCACUAGGAGCUGCAAUUUCAUUAUUUUCCAGAUAUUAAUUGUUCUAGUUAUCCCUUAGGAAAUGGGUUUAAGUUAGCUGAGGCUUUGAACCCAAUACUCUAUUCAAACAAAAAAAAAAAAAAAAAAAGAAGAAAAAAGAAAAAAAAAAAAACAUUUAUAUUAGUUUAUGUUAAUGGGGCAAAUAUAAUAGAUAUCUGUAAUCAAGCAAGGAAGAGAUCUAGCUGGAAAACAAAUGCCACUAAUAAAAGUGCAAUCAGUUUUCACCUCUAUUUCUUAAUGUUGAUUUCUAAUACAUGACUUAUUCUUUUGUUUCCACUCAAUUUUCUUCCCCUUUUUUCCUUCCUCAGAAAGAACCCUGACAAGCGUCUAGCAAUACCUUGUUAGAGUUGCUGUUGGAGUAAGGCUUACUCUUGGACAAAGAAAAGCCUUUCAGGGAAGAAGAACAUGAUUUGCUGAAUGGUUAAAAAGUAUAGGCACGUAGGAGGGACAAAGCAGAUGUGUGGAGUUUAUUUCCACUCACCUUUACUGACUCCAUUACUUGGGUUGAGAGAGGCAAGGCUGAUGCAGAGCCCAUUUAUGAAGGCAAGCACACCAUGUGAGUUACAGCCCUAGUAACCCAUGUGUGACUUCUUAAUAUCAGUGUUUAUAUAGCCAGUGACAGUCUUGAAGUCAUUGACUAGUAGUGAACAAGGAUGCUGUCAGUGCUGGAGCAGAUGCAUCCAUCCAGACAGAAGCAAAUGGACUCUUUUGCACUGAAUUCCUAUCAGUUUAGUCAGGGUCACUCUGCCUCUUCUAUACUUUUGAUUUUUUGUUGUGUGUUCAGUUGGCACAGCAUUGACUCAGGAUUGAUGUGGAAAACAAAUGUUUUUCCUAGACUCUGGGGAUUCUGAAAAUGAGAACAUGUGUUUUACAGGUAUUACUGAGCUCUAAAUAAGAGCCCUGUCAAGACAAAAAUAAUUUCAGCCAAACUACACUCAUCCUUUGGGCCACAUUCUGGUCCUAGUUAAAUGAAGAGAAAUACAUCAAGGAAAAUUUGUGAGAUGCAAACCUGAGGUACAAAAGUCCCAACUCAGUAAAUUGUUCAAGCAUAUGCUUAUGCUAAUCCCAGCAAAAGUUAACUUCAGCAUGUGCUAGACUCUCCUUGACACAUCCAGCACUUGCAAAAAGUUAAGCAUGUGCCUAAGAGUUUUGUUGAACAAAGUGUCCUAUUGAUUUGAGACUGAAAGCAAAGUAUAGCAAAAGAAGAUCUUUGCCAGGAAGACAAAAAUCAGUGAGUUCCUAACUGUAUAAAUAACCAUAUCACGUUAGUAAGAUCACAGGUGAGUCUUCCUGAACACCAGGUUCAACAGAAAAAGAACAACAAACACCUUAGUAGAGGAAACAAAGUUGUCCACUGGAAUGUCAGUGGUAGAACCAAAAGGCUAGGAAACUAUCACAGCUUUGGGCUUUGUGAUGGCUGAAAUGGCAUUGCUUAUUUGAGAAAUCUGUGGAAGAUGGCAAAUACAUACUGUGUGGACUGAAGUCCCCUUUGCCAUUUUUCUCUAGCUGGCAUGUACUUGGACACACUUUGCCUUUGCAGACUGAAACAUAAGCUCUCUACAAAUUCUAUACGCCAUAUUCUCAUUUUCAUCCCUUUAGUCAUGCCUAUUUAUCUGCAAUCCCAUGCAGCAGAAUAUCCAUCUCUCCAGUAACUCUGCAACUCAAUAGUACAGAGGGUCAGGUGGGCUUUCCUAAUGAAGGCCACAAGUUUCCAAAAGAUUUGCACUGUUGAGUUUCCUUGGGCACUUGAAUAUCUGUCCCUUCAGGUAGGCCUCUGACACUGCAAAGAGCUUGCAGGACAGAUAAGACAGAAAAAGAACGCCAGACAAACAAGAGAUUUGCCCCAAAAUCACCCAUCUUAGUGGCAGAAUAGAGAUUAUAAGACAGGUUUUUUGUAAACUCCUCCAGCAUAUAUCAACCACAAGGCCAGCUCUCAUUGAAGUAUCUAUAAUAGCCCAGACAGAUUACUGAGGAUAGAAAGGGAACAUGCCUUGAUGUUGAGUAGAUGAUUUGACUACUAGCACUGUUAUUGUGGAGGGACAGUACAAAAUGAAGGAGCAAUUCCAUACUUGGGAGCUGUACAUGUGAGAUUUAUUUGGUAUAGGUCUAGGGAAAAUGUCACACAUCUUCUGUUGCAGUGCCUCAAAUUGUUGUGCAGUUCCUGCUAUUCCUACCCCUCAGAAUAUACACAGUGUGUUAUAGAGCAAGCAUGAAAUUAGGCUGGAGACUUCACAUGGACCUAAGAACAAGAAAAUACAAUUGGGGAUAUGGCUGCCUAAGCCCUUAGAUCUUUGUGAAGAACCCAGCCUUACAGCACAAUUCAUGCAGCAGUGAAUUCGGGAACUGCCCUGGCUUGGCACACACAGAAGCGGGAAGAGGACACAGACCCUCACCUCUCAGCUUGUGUUUAUCACACUGUGAGAGUGUUUCACAUCAGUCAGGUCCACACCCAGAAGUUAGUGAGUCUACCUGGCCACAGGUGCUGCUGGCAGGAUGCAGUCAGUUCCUGCUGGCCAAGGGGCUGGAAGCUGCAGCAGCACAGAGCAGAGCCAGCAAGUGCCUAUGGAAAAGGCCAGCUCCCCUCUUGGGAUAUUUGCUUCAUUUCCCAGACCUUUGAGCUAGGCAGUCCCAACACCCUUGAGCCAUCACUGUGUGAUGCUUGCCAGUUCUUUGGCUGAAAGUCACGGCAAGAAGAAUCAUACUUUGAAGAGGGGGGAAAUAUUCCAGUGGUGGCAGAGUUGUUAAGAUUGUCCUGGUUUAUUUCUAUGUCGUUUAGUUUGAGCCAUGAGUUUUUCCUGUGUAUGUGUUUAUAUGCAGGAAUUGUUCCAAGAUGAAAGGCUUCUUUCAAGAGUGUAUAGCUAGAUUUUGUUGUGCACAACCUGGUAUAGCCUGCAUAUUUAAGGGGUGUAAAUCAUUACAGCUCUAUAUAGGUUUUCAUGCAACAGAGAAAAGCCUACUCCCUCCUUUUGGCCCAGUCAUUCCCUUCCUCACUUGAGCCACCCCAACGCACCCAGGUUUAAGAGAUCAAUCACUGCCUUUAUCAGGGAAACAGGAAAGCUCCUUCUUUCCAGUAGUCCAAAACAACAAUGCUGCAUCUCCCUGCUUCUCUCACACACAUUGCAAGCAGUUUCCUGAGCAUCCAGGAUAGUAAACUGGUGUCUCCUCAAAGGACACACCUCUCAGCCUGUUGAGCGCUUCUUGGCCCUGCAGUGUGGCUACUGACAAUUACCUGGGUCUUACUUCUAGUAAGAAACAAAAAAGCACCUAUGAAAUGCUGCAGAGAAGGGCAGACAAAGAACAUGGCCAAUUAUCAUCAUUUGUAAUUCUCUAUUCUAUUGUAAAUAUGUCUUGUACAUAUGUGGAUGUUUUCAUUAUUUACUGUCUUUAUGGAUAUUGUGUUAAAUGAGACGCUCUUAGUUUAUUGUGUAACACUGUAAAUAACAUAACAUCCUUUAUUAUUUAUGCAUAGGCAUCUAACACUCAGAGAAAGUUAUCCUCAUAUUAUUUUAAGAUAUAUGUCAAAAAGAUGUUGCAUUUUUCCUUUUGCUUUGAAAAAAUUGUAAUAUAUCCUCUUUUUCCCCUCUUCCUUAAAAAAAAAAAAAAAAGAAUGCUAAUUUAUUGUUCAGGAGAGAAAGGGGAUGUAACUGAAAGGCAAACUGUUCAAAGAACAUGCUGUGGAAGCCACAAGCUACUGAUAAACUAAAGAAUUUAUUACCCCAAAUACAGCAAUAAGUAAUUGUUGAUUUA